CCCAUCUGAAGUCCAUAUGGCUCUGUAUGAUGAAGAUCUCCUGAAAAACCCUUUCUAUCUGGCUCUCCAGAAGUGGCGUCCCGACUUGUGCAGCAGGGUGGCCCAAAUCCAUGGCAUUGUCUUAGUACCCUGCAGAGGAAGCCUGGCAGGCCGCGUUCAGUCUGCUUGUCAAUUUGAGUCCUACGUUCUGACUCCUGUGGAAGAGCACUUUCAGACCUUAAACGGAAAGGAUGUCUUCAUACAAGGAAACAGGAUUAAAUUAGGAGCUGGUUUUGCCUGUCUUCUCUCAGUGCCCAUUCUCUUUGAAGAAACUUUCUACAAUGAAAAAGAAGAAAGUUUCAGCAUCCUGUGUAUAGCGCAUCCGUUGGAAAAGAGAGAGAGUUCAGAAGAGCCUUCAGCGCCCUCAGAUCCCUUUUCCCUGAAAAGCAUUGAAGAUGUGAGAGAAUUUCUGGGAAGGCACUCCGAGAGAUUUGACAGAAACAUUGCCUCUUUCCACCGAACAUUCCGAGAAUGUGAAAGAAAGAGCCUCCGUCACCACAUAGACUCAGUGAAUGCCCUCUACACCAAAUGCCUCCAGCAGCUUUUGAGGGACUCUCACUUGAAGAUGCUCGCCAAGCAGGAGUCCCAGAUGAGCCUUAUGAAGCAGGCGGUCGAGAUGUACGUCCAUCAUGAAAUCUACGAUCUGAUCUUCAAAUACGUGGGGACCGUGGAGGCAAGUGAGGAUGCUGCCUUUAACAAAAUCACAAGAAGCCUUCAAGAUCUUCAGCAGAAAGAUAUCGGUGUGAAACCCGAGUUCAGCUUCAACAUACCUCGUGCAAAGAGAGAGCUGGCUCAGCUGAACAGAUGCACCUCCCCACAGCAGAAGCUGGUCUGUUUGCGAAAAGUGGUGCAGCUAAUUACACAGUCUCCGAGCCAGAGAGUUAACUUGGAGACCAUGUGUGCUGAUGACCUGCUUUCAGUCCUGUUGUAUUUGCUCGUGAAAACAGAGAUCCCUAACUGGAUGGCAAAUUUGAGUUAUAUAAAAAACUUCAGAUUUAGCAGCUCAGCAAAAGAUGAACUGGGAUACUGCCUGACCUCAGUUGAAGCUGCAAUUGAAUAUAUUCGGCAAGGAAACCUCUCUGUGAAACCACCCGAGUCUGAGGGAUUCGGUGACAGGCUGUUCCUUAAGCAGAGAAUGAGCUUACUGUCUCAGAUGACCUCAACUCCCACUGACUGCCUAUUCAAGCACAUUGCCUCAGGUAACCAGAAAGAAGUGGAAAGACUUCUGAGCCAAGAAGACCAUGAUAAAGAUGCCGUCCAAAAGAUGUGUCACCCCCUGUGCUUCUGUGAUGACUGUGAGAAACUCGUCUCUGGGAGACUGAAUGACCCCUCAGUUGUCACUCCGUUUUCCAGAGAUGACAGGGGUCACACACCUCUCCACGUGGCUGCUCUCUGUGGGCAGGCAUCUCUCAUCGACCUCCUGGUGUCCAAGGGCGCCGUGGUGAAUGCCACGGACUAUCACGGGUCCACUCCGCUUCACCUGGCAUGUCAGAAGGGCUAUCAGAGUGUGACGCUGCUGCUGCUGCACUACAAGGCCAGUGCCGAGGUGCAAGACAACAACGGCAACACCGCCCUCCACCUGGCCUGCGCCCGUGGCCACGAGGACUGUGUGAAGGCAUUGGUCUACUACGAUGUGCAGUCGUGCAGGCUAGAUAUUGGCAACGAGAAAGGAGACACCCCGCUCCACAUAGCGGCACGCUGGGGCUACCAGGGCAUCAUAGAGACCCUGCUGCAAAAUGGAGCCUCCACCGAGGUCCAGAACAGGCUGAAGGAGACGCCGCUCAAGUGUGCGCUGAACUCCAAGAUCUUGUCGCUCAUGGAAGCCCGUCAUCUGUCCCUGGAGAGGAGGCAGAAGUCUUCGGAGGUUCCCGUGCAGUCCCCUCAGCGCUCUGUGGAUUCCAUCAGCCAGGGCUCCUCCACCUCCAGCUUCUCCUCCGUGUCGACAUGCUCCAGACAGGAGGAGGCCAAGAAGGACCACAGAGAGGUAGAAAAACUUUUAAGAGCAGUUGCUGAUGGAGAUCUAGAAAUGGUGCGCUACCUCCUGGAGUGGACGGAGGAGGACCUGGAGGAGGUGGAGGACACCGUCAGCGCAGCAGAUCUCGAAUUCUGCCACCCCUUGUGCCAGUGCCCCACAUGUGCUCCGGCUCAGAAGAGGCUGGCAAAGAUUCCCACCAGUGGGCUUGGUGUGAACGUGACCGGCCAGGAUGGCUCCUCCCCACUGCACGUGGCCGCCCUGCAUGGCCGGGCGGACCUUGUCCCUCUGCUGCUGAAGCAUGGUGCCAACACGGGUGCCAGAAAUGCAAACCAGGCGGUCCCGCUCCAUCUAGCCUGCCAACAGGGCCACUUUCAGGUGGUGAAGUAUCUCCUCGAUUCUAAUGCAAAACCCAAUAAGAAGGACGCGAGUGGAAACACACCCCUCCUUUACGCCUGCUCCAGUGGCCAUCACGAAGUCGCAGCCCUGUUGCUACAGCAUGGGGCCUCCAUCAACACGUCUAACGACAAGGGCAACACCGCGCUGCACGAGGCUGUGAUGGAAAAACACGUCUUCGUGGUGGAGCUGCUUCUGCUCCACGGAGCAUCGGUCCACCUGUUGAACAAGAGGCAGCGCACAGCUGUAGAUUGUGCUGAGCAGAAUUCGAAAAUAAUGGAAUUACUUGAGGUUGUACCAAGCUGUGUUGCCUCCUUAGAUGAUGUUUCUGAUGCAGACCACAAGGAGUACGUCACUGUGAAGAUCAGGAAAAAAUGGAAUUCAAAAAUGUAUGAUCUACCAGAUGAACCUUUUACGAGACAGUUUUACUUCGUACCCUCAGUUGGCCAAUUGAAGGGAAAGACGUCAAGAGAGAUUAUGGCAAGAGACAGAAGUGUCCCGAACUUUACGGAAGGCUGUUUGCACGAGCCAGGGAGGCCCCCUGUCACGCUGAAACCAAGUCACCUGCCGGACCAGAGCAGCUCUCCCCCUGCUGACAAAGGAAACAGUGACUGGCCCGGUAGGCCUGACCCGAAGCCGGCUGCCCCAGGAAACAGGCGGAUGCUCCGCAGACACACAGUGGACGAUGCGGUUGUGUCCAAGGCCCUGGACGCUGCCGGCAGCCUCGCCCCUCCCCGGGAGGCUGGUGCUUCCCAGUCUUGACAGUCGUGAGGCAUGAAGUCUGCUGCCAAGAAGUGAGUGUGCAACAAGAUGCUGAGCACGAACACAGCUUAGAACUCAGUGUACUUUCAAAUAACUGGCUUGAGAAAAGACAUCUUCGGCAGAAAGUUCCUGAAAGCUUUUCUGUGGCUGAGGGAAACAAUGCAACAGAAACCGUAUCACCAUCUCUCUCCUCUUCAGAGCGAAGGAACACACUUGAAAAGGAGUGGACAGAAAUUCCAGUAGCAUCCAGAUCCCUAAGUCCAAGGCACACAUUUCCUAAGUAUUAGGGUUCCUUGGUUCCAGGGAAGGUUCCCCCACUAGAUUCUGACUUCCUCCUCCUUAAAGGUGCUAGGCCUGGGACGUGUCCAGAUUAGCAAACCACAAGCUAAAGGAAUCCCUCCAUCUGAAGCAAGCUGAAGAGAAGCAAUUUAGGUUUGAUGGUACCGUGGGAGCCAGGCAGAAAUGUCACAUGGGAAUGAACCAAGUAGGACCUGGAUAAUGUUCCUUUGCAAAGCAACACUUGAACCAAAAGAUGCCUAAAUGCCACUUUAAUGUUCAUUUGAGUGAAAGGAUGUAUUAGCCCUGUUCUACAUCAUGCAUAUUGGAAAAGUUGGGUAUAAUUUUCCUUCCCACAAAGUAUAGCUGUUUAGUUACUACAUAUGCAUCUGUGACCGUGUUUCUAGAAACAUCCUUCUGUUGAGAACCUCUCUUAAACGUCACACCUGAUGGAUGGUUACUGGACUAGAAAGUAGAUUUGGCACAUUUUCUUCUUAGUCUUUUGAUUCAAAUUCAAAACUUACAGCACAAACCAGGUCUGAGUUAUUUUAAGUUAGAAUUUGGUGCCAUUUCUUAUAAAUUUCUAUAGAUUUUACUGUUAUUAUUUUAUGUUAGUGGUCUAGAGCCACAGACAUGGGUUUGUCCUGAGUACAUCUUCAAAUAACUUUGUAAUAGGGAAAUGGUUUUGUGCAUGUUCUUGGAAAUACUUAUGUAUAGAAGGGAGGGGACUGAUUAUUUUUCUACAAAGUAAUUUAUGAUUUCUAAUUUUCUAAUGUGCCUUGGAUAUGUGCCAAAUGAUGGAAAGAAACAGUAAAUUUUAUGAUUCUUGAGUA